AGCACACCCAUCGUCGUCAGCUCAAGCGCCAAAGGCAGAUCUCACAAGUCGGCGAGAUGGAAGCUCUGGGUAUAUUAGACGCCAAGGCGUCAACGUCUGCCUUGCCAGAUGAGCCGAUGACAGGCACAAGCAAACUCGAUGCCUUGCCAGCAGAGACGAACGAAGCGCAGACGGAUGACUACCUGCGGCUCAAGGCGCUCCAGCGACAUCUUGCAUUCCUAUCGCUGCAAGAGGACUACAUCAAAGACGAGCAGCGCAACCUCAAACGCGAACUCAUUCGAGCAUCAGAGGAAGUCAAGCGCAUCCAAUCUGUCCCGCUCGUCAUCGGACAGUUCCUCGAGCCCAUCGAUGGCAACACGGGUAUCGUCGGAUCGACGACGGGCAGCAAUUACGUCGUCAGAAUUCUCAGCACACUCGACAGGGAGCUGCUCAAGCCGUCCAGCUCAGUCGCGCUGCACCGCCAUGCGAGCUCACUCGUAGACAUCCUGCCGCCCGAAGCCGACUCGAGUAUCUCCAUUCUCGCAGCAGACGAACGACCGGAUGUACAAUAUGCCGAUAUUGGCGGCAUGGACAUCCAAAAGCAGGAGAUUCGCGAGGCAGUCGAGCUGCCCUUGACACAAUUUGAGCUUUACAAGCAGAUCGGUAUCGAUCCUCCUCGAGGUGUCCUCCUUUACGGACCUCCCGGCACGGGCAAGACGAUGCUCGUCAAGGCGGUGGCACAUCACACAACAGCAGCGUUUAUUCGCGUCGUCGGCUCAGAGUUUGUGCAAAAGUACCUUGGCGAGGGACCGAGGAUGGUGCGAGAUGUGUUCAGAUUAGCAAGAGAGAACGCGCCUGCAAUCAUCUUUAUCGAUGAAGUUGACGCGAUUGCGACAAAGCGAUUCGAUGCUCAAACUGGCGCAGAUCGUGAAGUCCAGCGUAUCUUGCUCGAAUUGCUCAACCAGAUGGAUGGCUUCGAUCAAGGUAGCAACGUCAAGGUCAUCAUGGCUACAAAUCGCGCGGACACGCUCGACCCGGCUCUCCUGCGACCUGGCAGACUAGAUCGCAAAAUCGAAUUCCCUCUGCCAUCCAGGCGAGAAAAGCGACUGAUCUUCCAGACAAUCACCGGCAAGAUGAGUAUUGGCAGCGACGUCGAUCUCGAAGAUUACGUUCAAAGACCCGACAAGAUCUCAUGUGCCGAAAUCGCAUCGAUCUGUCAAGCAGCGGGACUGCAAGCCGUUCGAAAGAACCGCUACGUCGUGCUGCCCGCAGACUUUGAAGAGGCAUGGAAGUCGACGGUCAAGAGGGGCAACGACACGCAUGAUUUUUACAGAUAAUGCAAAUGACAGUCCUGCUGCGAGUCUAUAACCCUU